CUCAGUAUUUAUUUAUGACGACUGUGCUCUUCCUUCUCUUUCUCUUCAUUAACUGUGCUCAACUUAUUUAAAUGAAAAAAUUAUUGAAACAAAAUAUUCCUAUUGACAGAGAAAGUAUUAGCAUUAUGUAAAAAAAAUUAAUAUUCUAACCAUUUUUAGUAAACCUCGUGCAAAUCUCGAUAGAUUAGGGAUGGCAAAAAUAUUUGUAACCGUGGAUAUUCGUCCGAAUCCGACCUAAUCGGGUAGGGUAAAACCCGAACCCGAAGGACUUUUUGUGGGUACGGAUAAAAUUCAAACCCGAAUAUUGCGGGUAAUGGGUGGGCAUGGUUUUCUUCCUAUCCAACCCGAACCCGCUCGAUUAUACACAUGAACAUGUAUUUUGUCUAUAAAUAAUCAUUUACUUUUCUCUAUCAUUUUUUAUAUUUAGCAUAUAAAUUUAAUAUUUUUUAUGAAAUUGUGUUGUUUUAAUUAAUUUUCUUCAUUCUAGUGAAUUACUGUCGUGCUUUUCCUCUUACAUAAUGUAAGAAUACAUGUGAAUGUUAAUAUAUUGGUUGGAGUUAUAAAGAGAAAUUAGUAUCCAUGGAUACCCAAAAUUCGAACGGAUAUGGGUUAUCCAUGGAUACCCGAAAUCCGAACGGAUAUGAGCAUGAUUUUCUACUCAUUUCUUAUGUGAGUAUGGGUAUGGGUAAAACUCGAACUACUUUGAAUAGGAUAACGGAUAUGCACUAUCCGCCCCGACCCGACCCAACCCGACCAUUGAUUGCUAUGCUUGUUUCGGUUUAUUUUAGAAAAUAAAAUGAAAAUGCGAGCUUGGACCGCUAAGCUAGGCAUUACUUAUUUAAAGUUCCAUGAUGUCCAGUGGAAAAGCUAUUAGGGGUCGUUUGGAUGGAUCAAUUGUAAAAUGAGACAAUUUGACCAAUUGUUUCAUUUUACAAAACGAGUCAUUUAAAACGAGUCAAUUCAGAUUACCUGCCCCCACCCCAGACAAUUGUAAUUGACUCAAAAUGAGUCAAUUCAGAAUUCCCCAACCCAAAUUGUUUCAUCCAAAUUUUCUGCUGCCAAACGGAUCAAUCUAGCACAAUUAACUCAAAACGAGACAAUUAUGUCAGAUUGAUCAAUUAGAAUUCCUCGUCCAAACGACCCAUAGAACUUAUUUUAGACAUUGGGCUGUAUUGGGCUAUUGGCCCAUUUCCCUGCCUUGGAAAAUCCUUCUUUCUUUAUCCGAAGGAGUCGAUUAUAAUUGAUUUCCUUCACUGCGCUCGAGGAACCAUUUGAACAGCGGCGAAGAGCGAUGGGCAGCAACCACAAUCAUCCGGCGCCGGCGGCGCAGAUUCCGACCAGCUUCGGUCACGAGCUAAGGGCAUGUCUCCGAUGCCGGCUUGUCAAGACUUACGACCAGUUCAGGGAGUCUGGUUGCGAGAACUGCCCCUUUUUCAAGAUGGAGGAAGAUCAUGAGCACGUUGUGGAUUGCACCACUCCCAAUUUCAAUGGUAUAAUUUCUGUUAUGGAUCCUGCAAGAAGCUGGGCGGCUCGAUGGUUGAGAAUUGGAAAAUUCGUCCCUGGCUGUUAUACCCUUGCAGUUUCAGAGCAGCUAUCAGAGGAUUUGCAGAUGUUAUGUCAAGAAGAGCGCGUGCUUUACGUUCCUCCAAAGCGCGUAUAAGGAGCGAGAUCAAGUGUUGCUGCAUUUUACUCGUAUGGAAAAUGGGAAUGUCUCCGAUGUACGUGUGUAGCAGGACCUGACAAUGAUGAGAAAUGGCUACUGAGAACGUUUGAGAGAAGUAACCUCCAUAUUUGCGUUGCUUCUUGCUCACGGACUUGGUCGAUUAUAACAUGUAAUUUGCACACUAACGUUAAAUGAAAAGCUAGCUUUAUUAUCUUCACGCUGGUCUACAGCAUACAUCUACCAUCUGUUUAUGUAGAUGGGAAAAGGACAACACGGAAAAGGUUGAGGGAAAGCACGGGUUUCCAAAAAUAAUUCACUUAGUUCGAAAAAUUCUCUAGUUCAGGGUUCAAUAUAUAAGUGAGUAUAACCUUAGGAUGCUUAAUAUGAGUAACUAAAUCUCGACUUUUUUUUAAGUAGUUGCAGAUCUAGAGUUAAACAAUUCAUAAGUUAGGAUAACUAAAUUUAAUUGAAUUGU